AGACCGGACAAAUAUGAAUAUUUCAAGCAGAGAAUAAUGAAUGCAAUUAUUAUCCUUUCUUUGAGCAGUACAAAAUAAUACUAAAUAUGCUUCUUUCUGUCAUAUUCUAUCACAUAAGCCAAGCUGAUCAGUCUCGGUCCUGCAGUUUGACCGGAACCGGUUGAACCGGCCGGUUGAUAAGUCUCGAUCGGACCGGACCGGUAACCGGCGCCCGGUCGUCCGGUCCGGUUGCAUCUCUGAUCUAUGAUACAGUUAGCAUUCUACUUUAUCAUUUAUUUUUUCUAAUGGACGACGAUAAAAUUGAAUCCCUCAAAGUCAAACAUAUGGGUCAACUAUUAUUUGAAACAUUCGCAUUAGAAGGUGUUGAUACUGCAAAUUUACUAGACGAAUUAUGUGUUUCUGUGCACAUGAAAUGUUCCCAACUCCCGUACCAGACUUCACAAAACGAGAACUUUGAAAAGACGGAUGUCAUCGAUGUGUUGAUUAAGGAAAGAAAAGCUUUUGCGAAGACGUGUUCGAAAAGGCAUUUUCUUCCUUUACAAACACGUCUCGGCAAAGGCGUUUUUCCGAACCAACGCAGAAAAAAAUGCGAAUGUUUUCCUUUGCGAACAUGUCCUCGCAACAUCACUUCGCAGUAGGAAAUUUUUUUGGUUGUAUAUAUUCCGAGCUGUUUCCUACUUUGCGAAGAUGUGUUAACAAAGGUGGUUUUCCGAAUUGAUACUGAAAAAGUUUGAAUAUUUUCUUUUGCAAGGGUGUGUGAACAAAAGGAAAUCUAAUUGAAAUUUUUAUACUUGUUUACAGUGUUACUUGCAUUUCUUUUAGUUGAUCGCGCAGUUGCGAAGCAAUAUAAAGCUGAAGCAUUGAAUAAACGACCAAAGCUUUUAUCUACUCAGCCACCACAAGCUGGAACAUCGCCAUAUUUUGAUAAUAAUUCAAACACAACGAAUCACUCUACACCUUCACCGUCUUUUCGUGCCAAUCCUGUUACAACGAAUCUACUAAAUGUAACAACAACAACACAAACAUUGCGUUUCAUUGCACCAAAACGACCACCACUCCAAAAUGUGUUAAAAAUAAACAAUUUGGUCGAAAAUAUUAUCCCAGAUCAGGAAAAUAUAUAUAUCGUUUCGAAUGAAGUAACAAAAGUGAUGAGAUGUGUUUUGUGGUUUGAUCAGUUUGUGAAACAAACGGAAAGAAAUGCCACGACAACUAAUAAUCACGGAAAAAUAACGACGUAUCAAUUGAUUAGGUUCGAACGGGACGGUGAAAGUUCGUCAGGUGAAGAAGAAAAAGAAAACGCCGAUGGUCGAAAAGAUAAAUCAACGCCAAAUGUCGUCGUUACAACAGCACAACAAGGUCCAGCAGCAGUUUUAGCUGUAGUCACAAGUACGACAUCAACAGCUGCUCUUAAUCGGUUGUAUUUUAUUUAA